GCAGACGACAGUGCGCAGGCCGCAGUCAGCUGUUGGCAGUAGCGCAGUAACGGACCAAAACCUUCCCAAAUCAAACGUUCGGAGUAUUAUUUAUUCAACAUAUUUUAGGAUCAACUUUCUCCAGUGUUUAAGUUAACUUUGGUUUGUUGAACCAAAUACAUUUCGCAUACGUUUUUUUCACUCUACAAUGCAAAUACCCAGCACCCACGUGACCAGACAUUAAUCGUGCACGACCAGCAGACGACAUAGUACAACCAGCAGACGAGACAAGAUGGCGGCGUCCAAGCUGUACCCAACCCUCAGUUCCUUCUACAACAAGAGUUACAUCGACUUUGGCAGUGAGGCGGACAUGUUAGCCGGCGUGCCGGCAGACCGGCUUUACCGCAAGCCACGUGACGAGCUGAGAGCUAACCGCGACAACAGCGAGGCGAAGAAAGACUUGAGCUCAAACAAGACAUUCCCGGCUGACGGAGCUCAGAGCUUAGAGCUUGAGCUCCAGACGGCAGACAGCGCGUGUCUGCCCUCUGCCCCGCCCCUCGAGUGGUCAGACGAGGACAUUGAGCGGUUCCUGGAGGACGUCGCCCAGCAGCAAGAGCUGGCCCUACAACACGACCUUGACCCUGACGGUUUCUGGGUCGAUGAUCUCCAGCCCGACUACGACAUGACCCCUGAGGUGACCCCUGAGACGACCCCUGAGACGACCCCCGCCGAACAUUUGAACAAUCUCAACAAAGCGGAGACCCCCGCGGGUCAGUCGGCCAAAGACCACUCGCUCCUAGUCAACAACAUCUUGGCCACACCCCAGGGCUCGCCCCGGGGGGAGAGAUCCAGGAGGGUCGUCCAGACGCGGCGCAGUGACCCCCACAAACGUCACGUGACCAACAUUCCGCGCGCGGUUGAGCACAGGCCCGCAUCCAGUAGCCGGAAGCCGGAUGUUAGCCACGACAAAGAAAACCACGCCGGCUCUAGCGAAAACUUAUCCAGACCCGCGACCCCAGGCAGCCCCGACCCCCGAGAGCCACGAGCAGAGGGAGCCGUCACCCCAGGGAGCCCCGAGUACAACGCCUGGAUGACAUGGAGGAAACAGGUAAACCGGCAGCUGGCGACCGUGAUCCUGCUCAAGCGGAACGGCCAGGUGCACGUGCAGAAGAAGGACAUGGCCAGGAGGCCGCUAAGCCAGAGCUCCAUUGACUUUGUCUCGCUCUUCAAGGCCGAGAACAAGACCUCGCUGGGCGGCAAACCCUUCCUUAUGUACGGCAUUCCCAGAGUCUCGUUGCCUAGCAACCAGUGAGGGGCGGACCCAACAUUGCAUGACAAUCAUUUGGUCUCGUGGAGACGUCACUCACCUACCGGCAUGCACUUCUACCUGGUCAUAGGUCAAGGUCAGACCGUGUCAGACAUUGUGGUGACUGCUGCCAGAAAUUUUCUACUCACCUGCCCAUGCACGUGCUUCAUGAGAUUGUUGACUUACUUUUAGAAGUCAAUUUAUGUUUGCAUUUGAUGACGGGGAUUCCCGUAAAUUUAUUUUCAUUGUGUAUAUAUGUGUACAGUUUGACAAGUUUAUUGUACAUACGUGUAGCAUGUUUGUACUUAGUUGGGUACCUGUAUAUUUUAGUAUGGGCAGACAUACAAGCAAUUUCUAUGUGAUAUUUUUCUAUGAUCGCUGCAUUAAUUAGUUCAUACAUGUUUAACUAUGUGAUGAUAUUUUUUAUUUAACAUGAAGACGUAUGUGUGUGUGUGUGUGACAGUGUGUGCGUGUAUGUGGAACGGUGUGUGUGUGUGUAUAAAUAUGUACUUGUUUGACUAUGUAUGAAGUAUAGUUGUGUGUGUGAGCCUGUCGCUGUGUGUAUGUGACGAAGUGUGUGUGUGAUGAUGUGUGUGUGUGACGAUGUGUGUGUAUACACCUGAAUGUGUGUGUAUAUGUGUGGCCAUAUGACGAAGAUGUGAUAAGUUCCUGAUGACGUCAUCACGCUGAUGACGUCAAUAAAAAUGUUUUG